CUGCUGAUAUUUAAAGAUUGGGACAAACGAUUUAGCAGAAAAAUAAAAAUAAAUGUCUUUUUUUCUCCAUUAAACCAAUUAAAGUUGAAUUUAUAAAAAUAAAUUCAAUGGUUUUGAAUUUACCGCCCAAAACGCUCGGUUCCAUGACGUCUACUGUGUGACGUCAACUUUAACAUUACAAUGUAGAUGCGAAAAAUUGCAACACCGAUGUGCGAGCUGAUUUUUCCGUUCGAAGUCUGUUAAAACUUAGAUUAAUGCAAUAUUUCUUUACAUAACUACUUCUACUUACUUUGAAAUUUUCCAUAGUUGGAAACAUCCUGUGGAGUUGAAAAUAUCCUUGAUUGUAUUUAAACGGUGCGGUACUGAUUAAUUAUUAAUUAUUACAAACGUUUCAAUACUACAGUACGCUCUUAACAUGGAUCGGAUAACGUUCAGUGUUAAUGGACGCCAAUGCUCUGUUGGCUCUGAGGUAGAAUCUUACGUUUCGCUAAACGACUAUGUGCGGGACUACCUCAAUUUGCCCGGCACCAAGUACAUGUGCAAGGAAGGAGGCUGCGGCGCGUGCAUUGUCGCCGUCACCGCCUCAGACCACGACGGACACAAGAGAACCUUCUCCGUCAAUUCGUGCCUCGUGCCGGUGGUUUCGUGCCAAGACUGGGAAGUGAAAACUGUGGAGGGUAUAGGCGAUCGACGUAGCGGCUACCAUCCCGUACAGAAGGCAUUAGCCCAGUACAACGGUACACAAUGCGGUUUCUGUAGCCCCGGAUGGGUCAUGAGCAUGUACAGCUUGUUGGAGUCAAAUCAUUAUGAUCUAACACAAAUGCAAGUCGAGAAUUCAUUCGGCAGUAACACAUGCAGAUGUACUGGGUACAGACCUAUAUUAGAUGCUUUCAAAAGCUUUGCUAAAGAUUCACCAAAACCCAAACUUAUGGUUGAUAUUGAAGAUAUAAAACUAUGUAAACGUGAAAACUGUAAAAAAGUCUGCGACAAGAAUUGGUGCUUUGUAAAUAAAAGUGACAUGAACACAGACAUGAAGAAAAUUGUACUAAAAGAUGGCCGAACUUUCUUUAGAGUUAAGCAAGUUGAUGAUAUUUUUAACAUUUUACAAGAAGAAGGAUAUGAUUCCUACAUGCUAAUAGGAGGCCAUACAGGAAGGGGUGCGGUACCAAUAUUAGAAUUACCAAAAAUUUUAAUAGAUAUUAGCUCUGUACAAGAACUCAAGGGCCAUUACAUAGAUCAAAACCUUAUUAUCGGUGCUGGAACUACUUUAACUGAUCUAAUGGACAUAUUGUUAUCGGUUUCAAAAACAAAUACCGAAUUUGCAUAUUUACAAAAAAUAUAUGAACAUUUAGAUUUAGUAGCACAUAUACCUGUCAGAAACAUUGGGACAAUAGCUGGUAAUCUAAUGACAAAACACAGAUAUCCUAGCUUUUCGUCAGAUAUUUUCUUACUAUUUGAAACAGUCGGCGCGUAUUUAACUAUUGUUCAUCAAAAAAAGGUAAUAGAAAUGACACCCGACGAUUUUUUGUCUUUAGACAUGACAGGGCGGGUUAUAACACUUGUGAAAUUUCCGCCACUAUCAAAACGAUUUCAAUUCACUUCUUUUAAAAUAAUGCCUCGAGCCCAAAAUGCACACGCUCAAGUAAAUGCCGGUUUCUUAUACGAGUUUGAUGUUCAUAACGAAAACACAGUUUUGUCAGCAAGAAUCGUCUAUGGCGGUUUAUCGGAAAAAUUUAAUCGUGCUCGGCACACUGAGCAGUUCCUUGUGAAUAAGGACAUUUUCACUAAUGAAGUCCUGCAAAGUGCUCUUGAAAUACUACAAAAAGAACUAAUCGUUGAAUUCAUCCCUGGUGACAAAGAACCGGAAUAUAAAAAGAAAUGUGCGCUUGGACUAUUUUACAAGGGCUUACUCCAAUUAAUUCCUGAAGCUAAGCUGAAGCCCCACUAUAGGUCAGGGGUAAGAAAUUUUAGGAGAACAAGACCUCUAUCUAAAGGUUCUGAAGUUUAUGAUACAAAUCCUAUAAUAUGGCCAAUAAAUGAACCGAUGCCCAAAGUAGACGCAUUAAUACAGUGUGCUGGUGAAGCUUCAUACGUAAAUGAUAUUCCUGUGCGACAACAAGAAUUAUUUUGUGCAUUUGUGACGUCGGAUAUAUGCGUUGGGGAAAUUGAAAGUAUUGAUCCUACACCAGCAUUGAAACUUCCUGGAGUUGUAGCUUUCUUCUCUGCAAAAGAUAUACCAGGAAAAAAUUCUUACCUAUCACAAAAAGUACCUACACAACUUGUACCAGAAGAGGUAUUUGCUGAUAAAUUGGUGAAAUAUUAUGACCAAGCUAUAGGCAUGAUAGUAGCCGAAACUGAAAAAUUAGCGAAUAGAGCAGCUUUACUCGUGCGAGUAACGUAUAAAGUGGAUAAAAGAAAAAUUCUAUUGACAAUUGAUGAUGUGAGGAAGGAAGAUCCAAGUCGUGUGUCACUCGUAUUUGUAUUCCCAGCUCGGGGAAAAGGGAUUAAUGUUCAACGAGUUAUUAAAGGAGGGGAUUACGUUCCUGGCCAGUAUCACUUUACGAUGGAAACCUUGACUUGUGUAACAAGACCCAAUGAUGAUGGUCUAGAAGUUUUUGCCUCUACGCAGUGGUGUGACAAUGUACAUAUUGCGUUAUCUGAACUUCUUAAUAUCGAGCAGUGCAGAAUAAACCUGACAAUUCCUCGAUGUGGUGGUGCUUAUGGAAUCAAGAUCAGUCGCGCAACCCACGUAGCUUGUGCUUGUUCUCUUGCUUCGUACCUAUUAAAUAGGCCUUGCCGUUUUGUCAUGAGUUUACAGUCCAACAUGAGAGUCAUUGGAAAACGGCUUCCUGCUACUUCAGAUUACGAGGUCGGUGUAAGCAAUACUGGUGAGAUACAAUACUUAGAAUACCACUUCUUUCAAGACUAUGGAUACUUAGCAGCUGAGCCUAUUUUCGCAAUAGCUUUACCUGCAUUAAGAAAUUCUUACGACAAUAGGAGAUGGCAAUAUAAACUCUUUAGAGUGACUACAGAUACUGCUUCUAAUACUUAUGCUAGAGCUCCUGGGGAAUUAGAAGCAAUAGCACUAACUGAGCACAUCAUGGAAAGAAUAUCGUACGAAAUCGAUAAAGACCCGGUUGAAGUUCGCAUGAAUAACAUUGACCCAAUAGCUACUGACAUAAUUGAAAUUGUGCAAACUUUACUUAAAGAGAGUGAAUAUUAUAAACGAAAAGAGGAGAUUGCGAAGUUCAAUAGCACGAAUAGAUGGAAGAAAAAGGGACUGAGGGUAGCAUUCUUAAGAUGGCCGGCACCAGCAUUUGUAGACUACCAUAUUUUAAUGACAGUUUUCCACGGAGAUGGAACUGUUAUGGUAUCACAUGGUGGUGUUGAAAUAGGACAAGGGAUCAAUACUAAACUUAUUCAAGUCAUCGCAUAUACAUUGAACAUUUCAAUGGAUAAAAUUAAAGUAAAGUCGACAACAGCUCAAAAGACUCCUAAUGGCUUUACUGACGGUGGUAGUCGUACUACAGAAUCUGCAUGUUUUGGAGCUAUUAAAUGCUGCCAAAUUCUUUUAGACCGUAUGAUGGCUAUAAGAGAGACAUUAAAUGAUCCAACAUGGGAAGUGUUAGUGGAGGCUGCUUUCAAUCAAGGUAUAAACUUACAGGCAAGCUACAGAGUGACCUCUAAUGAUCAGGACCCUUAUAGAACAGCAGCGGCUGUAGUAACUGAAGUAGAAUUAGAUAUUUUGACAGGAGAGCAUGAGAUAUUAAGAGUAGACUUAAUCGAAGACGUCGGCACAAGUGUUAAUCCAGAAUUGGAUAUAGGCCAGAUCGAAGGCGCAUUUAUUAUGGGCAUCGGCUUAUGGACACAUGAACACCUUGACUACGAUAAAAAGACUGGGGAGCUCUUAACCGACCGAACAUGGAACUAUGAUGUACCUCUCGCCAAGGACAUUCCUAUAGACUUCAGAAUAAGACUAAGGAGGAAUUCUUUUAAUCCUAUAGGAACGUUAGGAGCGAAAGCUGUUUCUGAACCUCCGAUAUGUCUAGCAGUGAGUGUAGCAUUUGCCCUACGAGAGGCUAUCACAGCCUCCCGCGAAGAUACAGGAUAUAAGAGAUCAGAAUGGUUUGAAGUUGAGGAACCCUACACGAUAGCGACAAAUGUUUUGAAAGCUGACGUACAGCUCAAGGAGUUCUUAUUCAAUUAAUUAUUUUAUAUCCAGGAGGGAGAACGUUAAAUGGGUUUAAUUUAUAAGCACUAUCAAGGGUCAAAGUCAUCACUUUAAUCUCAUUAAAGUAUAAUUAUUUACCCGUUAUUUUUUUUGUAACCUUCAAUAUAAAAAAAAACUUUUAUAUUCAAAAAUUUAAAAAAAAACUGCUCGAAAAAAAUGAGGGCGUCGGUAGUGGAGGGAGGCGAGAAGUAUGACCACAAAUAAAUGAAGAUAUGUUUAGGAUUUUAUUAAUAAAGAAUUUACCUACUUAAUGUGAGACUGAUAUCCACGACUGAUGAUAAGGAAAUCUUAACGUGAACUAAGUGAAAGUGCCGUUUUUGACAAAUUGCUAGUUAAGUCAGAUAAGACGAAUGCUGCGAUCAAUAGUUCUAGGCUAUCUUAGGUAAAACUAAUCUGGAUUUUAAAUUUAUUCUUAAUUUUUAAGUAGGGUAGGCUUAAGCAGGGUUUAAUAAGUAUUCUAAAUUCCCUGUAACCGAUAUACCCCUCGCUCCAACGAUAUCCCCUUUUUCUUUAUAUUCACCAAACAUGUUUCUUUUCUUGUAGAGUCAGUUCAGAAAAAGAAUAGGGAGUUUUUAUCAAAAAUAUUUGAGUGUGUUCUGGUAUGCCUAUUACUAAUCUAAAUCUUUUAAUAUAAAUCCAUUUAUUUCAUUCAUAUAUCACAAGGAUUUAUCCACAAUAAUAGUAUUGUUAAUCAUUAUAGUUUUUUAUAUCUGAUCUGAUGCAUCUAUCUGCUGCAUCGCGAUUGCAUCAGUGGCACAGGAAUCGACCGAGACAGGACCACGACCACUCUGUCAAGAGUGCACGACUAGGAAAUAGUUUUUAACGGUGCUGCUUAAAGGUUUAUAUUGAAAUAUACAGUCGUUUAGUACAAACAAUAAGCAGCGGUCUGAUCAGGCAUUUCUUGAUCAGUUUCGAUUUCAACUCGUAUUUCAAUUUAUCCCUUCGGCGUUUCGUGUUGGCGAGAACAGUCAAUGACGAAUAAUGGAGCAGUGUCUUUAUAUUCCUUUAAACUCAACAACGGAUCUGCUUUGCGUCCGUGAUAAGACUUUUGGAAUCUGGUGUACUCUUCCUAAAUUAAUGUAUAUUUAUUAUCAGCAAAAUUGAUGUUCAGUUCGUUCGGAUAAUAUGAUGUAUUUAAAAAAAGACUCUUACGUCACUUACAUAGCAGUGAUCGAACUCUGCCAUUGACAUUUGCGCAUUAUGAUAUCGGUUAAUUUGAAAAGCUAUAACAACGAAUCUUAGUUUUUCAAACUGUGAAGUAGUUUUAAUAGAACAAGUAUGUUUACGCGGUUUGGGUACUAAUGGAUAUUCAUACAAAUCCCAAUUACGAAAUUCUACUAUUAUAGCGCGAUCCUUUUCUAAUAUGACACUACCGCAAGGCAUCAUUAAAAAACACUUGUUAUAUAAUAUCACGCUCAUUAAAAAAAAAUCAAGAUCACAAUUUUUAAAUUAAUGGCAUAGUUAGUAGCUGUACAUUUUGAUUUUUUUAAUUUCAUUCACUGUAGCCGAAAGUUCGAGGUUUUCAUGUUUUUAACGUUCCAGGAGCUACACUAUGUAACACUAUACAAUUUGGUUAUGCCGUAAUUUAGAUUAGUAAUUUAUAAAAUUGCGAUAGUCAACAACGGCUCAUUUUGUAUAUUUUUAAAUUGUUUAGUAUUAAAAGGUACUUCCCUAUUUAUUAAUGAUCCAGACGAGUUCAGAUCAGGCCAUCUGGUUUUGAACAAUU